AUGGACAUUAACGUAAUUGUUGCGGUUGUUAUCUAUGCGGCCGUUUUUCAAGUAGUACUCUCAGCCCAUUUUGGAGAAGUACCUGAUAGUAAGCCAACAGAGUGGACGGAAACAACUGAAACAACGACGCCCGAUUACACAACGACGACUGAGGAACCAGGAAGUUCAACAUCUGAUAGCCCAUCAACUGAAGAACCCGCGACGACCUCGGAACCAAAUACCACUGAUCCACCAACAACGCCGCCGACGACAACAACGACUGAAGGAACAACUGAAGAGACAACUACUGAGGGAAUCGUUACAACAACAAACCCACAUAAAGGAACGCCUCUUCCUCAUAAUGAAUUUUCAAACGAAUAUUUUGCAAAUAACGUGAAGAACUACUAUGCCAAUGAGAUGGACUAUUUAUAA